AUGGCAGACGUCAACGAGAAAAUCGCGGAUCCUAAGGCAGAGCGCCGGGCCUCCACGACGCGCUACCUCAAGUUGAACCGCCUCCCAACCCUGCAAGAGGUUCUCGACCGAAGGACAAGACCGCCUCUCGACUUGUUCUGCUUUUAUAUCUUUCUGCAAAGAGAAAUGUCAGAGGACGCGCUCGACUUCUGGCUCGAUGUGCAGCAACACGAAAACCUCUGUAAAGCAUACUUCAAGGACCUCCGCCGCUCUGGCCGUUCAGUCCAGGAUGAAUGGCCGCAAUUUGCCGACUACGCCCGCUCCAACGGCUCACACUUCUCGCCUCUCCUCUCUCUCCCUUCCGAGCCCCCUUCUCCGAACCCGACGUCCCCUAACCCGCUCUACCCCGUCUCCCCCGACCAAGCUGGAGACUUUGAUCCUUCCCACUCGCCGCUGAACCCAAGCGGUAGCCGCGGACGGAGGGACACCGAAUCACACGGACCCAACCAUGGGAUGACUUCACCAACACCGAGCCAGGGAGUAGGCGCUUUCGGAGAAAGAGCGCAGAAAGAGGGCAGGACAAGUCUGGCGCCUAGCCAGGGGGCCGGGACUAGGAGUGGGAGACGAAGAAGCAAGGCCCCCACUGUCAUUGCUAGAGACAGGGCAAUCGAGAAGCAGGCGUUACAGGAAAGCGCAGAGAGGAUUUUCUACCGAUAUCUCUUCGAUGGCGGAGAGAGGGAAAUCUACUUGCCUCCCUCGCUACGUGUUUACAACUUUCCCGAAUCCAUUGAGGGCGAGACCUCUCCCCUCAUCCCCGACCUCUUCCACGCCCAAAAGAUCUAUGUCUUCAAAGCCCUCGAACAGGACGCGUUCCCCAGGUUCCUCCGAGCCAAGGCUUUCGCCAAUCUUACACCGUUUGGCAGUGUCGUCAGGCUCAUUGCUGGGCUGUUAUGCCUCUGGGGAGCCUUUGUUUUGGCAUUCUCUCUAAUCUUUUUGGACUGGAAACCACGCUUGACGCGUUUGUGGCUCAUCCUCCCGUUCCUCUUUGCUUUCAUUCUUCUCCUUUCCUCCUACUACUCCCUCUCCCCCUUGCUCUUCCUUCUCAAUCUCUCCGAGACCACACCUUUCCACUUCAUCAGCGUCAAGGAGCCGUAUGUGCGCAAGUUGGUGGCUAUCCGGGCGGGUAUCAUCGUUGUGGCGAGCCUGCUGUUGACUGCGAUCUUCGUGGUCAUAUUCACAGUUGUGCCCGGCCAUCGACUUUAA